AUGACCGCAUUAGCCUGGCAGCGACAAGUUAAAGACUGUGCCGAAAGUGUUGAAGCAGAGAUCGAUCGUCCAUUAGAAUUGAGAGAGGAGCAAAGCAUGGAAAACCCUCAGCAACAUGAUCUGCAGGCUAUGCGCCGGUAUGAUGACAAUGGUGGCUUGCUGCAUGGUGAGAUGGACUGGGCAUACAGCAAAUCACUCCUCUGUGAGGACUUCGCCGCGGAUUCCAAUCACGGCCCGGUAGGAACAAGAACUGAGACUUUAGAGGUGAAGGACGACAUCGGCGAGGAGGACGAGAACGAGAACGAGAGGAACGAGAACGACUUGGCUUCUUUGGACGAGGAAGUAGGUACUGCUACCAGCGGUGGUUAUGACGAUGGGUCAAUCGUUCGAACUCCUGAUAGCCCCAAAAUCAUCCAGGAACCCAGUGAUGUUAGUGCAGGUAUGGUCGAUUACUCCCUCAGCGACAUUGAUGACCUUAGUUCCACGGACACUGCUGUCGCAAGAGAGCAAGCCAUCCGUGAUGGGUUCCUAGGCGUCUUGUUGGGAUUCAUUCAGAACGCUUUUUUCCUAAAGCUCUUAGGAUGCUUUUCUAACUCUCUUGAAAGUUUUCUGAAGAAGGUUGGGAGGGGUAGCAGCAACAAUAAUGACCAUGCUGGAGCAGAAGAUUUUGUGGAGGAGCUCAUGGAUGCUGCUGAUCCAGGAGUGUCAAAUCUUCUAUCCCAGACCCAGAAUUGCACAUCAAUGCAAUCAGUUGUGCAUGGAGGUGGCAGUGGAGGCGGAGGUGGUGGUGGCGGUGCUGGUAUGGGAGGAGGAAUGGCUGGCCCAGCCCCACCAGGUGGAGUGGUGGGUCCACCACCUGGUGUAGCAGAAAUGGCUACUUCUGCGGCACAAGGUGCUGCAAGUGCCUCAGCAUCCGGAGCCGCCACUGCCGGGGCAGCGGGAGCUGCAGCUGGAGGGUUGUCCAGCAUUGCUGGAAUGGCUGGAGCGGUAGCCAGUGCAGGAGCGGCAGCACAGGCUGGAGUAGUAGUGGGGGUUGCGGCAGUGACGGCAGCAGCAGUUUCCACCGGAUCAACAUCACCUGUACCGGCCCCAUUGCCUCCCCUGAUUCCUAUCAUUGAUGACUUUGUGCCACCUGUCUGCUCAGUGCAGUCACUGUUAAAGGUUGGAUUUCUGGAGCUUCAAAUCAUGGGGAUGCCUCCUGAUACUUUGUUCUCUCCUCCCAAGAAACAGCUACUUGAAAUUCUCUUCCGGGAUAUCUAUAAUGAGAUUACUGGAAUGUGUCUGGAUCAGUACUACCGUGUCUUGCACUUCGCUGAGAUCAUUGACUGGGAAACAGACUGGGGAAACUUCACCACCAACAGCACCCAUAGCAUCUUUUUGCCAGGUUACUUUGGUGAGAGUGAAAGUGAUCUCCUGGAUGAGAUACUAUUUGGUGUUGGUGACACCUCCAACAGUACUGGCAUCCUUCAUGCCAAUACUUCUCACAGCGCUGAGCUGAGCAUGAACAGCAGUGAGGCAGAUGAAAAGCUUGGCCCAUUUACUGAAUGGCUCUACCGCACAAACACCUCUUUGGAAGAAUAUAAAGAGUUGGUUGCCAACAGCAUCACCUCAACCUCUUGGAUGGCUUAUGUUGGCUGUGUUGGCUGUCCAGAUCAUGAACCCUUGUUUGAACUCCCAGAGGGGCCUGAUAGCUCGGCCAGAGAAAGACGAAGGAUGGCACUUUCCUGCAGCCUAACUGAGCAUCACCAAGCCCAUUUCCAGCGAAGAUUGAACAACAUCUUUGGGACCCAAAACUUCGACAUGACUGAAUUCUUUCCUCUUUUUGCUGCCUCCUUUGGAUUUAACAUUGAUACCACCCUGCGAAAGGAUGGACGUAAUCUUGAUCUCAGCAUUGUUGGCUCUAACAGCACUGGUGAUGGUGAUGACAGCUUCCAGUCAGCAGUCAUCUUUGGUACCACUAGAGCUGUAUCCCAAGAUGGCGAGAUUGAUGAUGAGGCUGCACCAGUCAAUGAAAUUGGAGGUGUAAUAAUCGGGCAGGCCAUGCAGCUGGUAGAAGCGAACAAUGGAACAAUCCGAACACCUUUUGUCAAUGUUGAGCUUUUGGCCAUUGAGGCGUGUGUUGAAGAAUCAUCAACUGAGGAUGGACAGUCUGAAUUCUGCAAGAAUAUCCUGGAUGAAACAGGUGUGGAUGUAGAGACAUUGGGGACCUGCUUGGAGAACCCAAACUCCAAUGACUGCCAGGAAAUCUUACCAGCUGUCAUUGAGUCAUCUGAGAAAGUGCUGGAAUCUGAAUCUGUUGGAGAGACCAGCAGCGAAAAUAGAGUUGAUGCUAGGGAGAAUGGUGACACUGGUGGUAAUGGGGAGGAAGCUGUCCUUGGAGGGACUGUUAGCAUCAGCGAAACAGUGACCGAAAUCCAAAACCAGAAUGAUCUGAAUGAAAACCUUCUUUCCUUGUCUUAUGUGGAAACCGAAAGCCCAAUUGUCACUCCCAAGAAUGCUUCAACAGAGCCGUCAAUAUCGAUACCUACAGUAACACCAGGAAAUCCAAGUUCCGUUCCAACAACCAGGAAUCCUACAGUAUUGCCUGGAAGUCCCAGCAUUAGUCCCUCAACUGAAACUCCAACUGUUACCCAAGGGAAUCCAUCAGCUAGCCCAUCGACUGCUGCCCCUACAGUGACAGCAGGUAGUCCCAGUUCAGCUCCAACCAGUGCAAGUCCUACAGUUUUGCCUGGACUUCCCAGCAGCAGUCCCACUACAGGAUUGCCAACAGUGACACCAGGAAGUCCAACUGCAAGCCCAUCAACAGUUAAGCCCGCAGUGACUGUAGGCAGAGUUCCAACAGUUUUGCCAUCAACUAUCAGCAAUCAUUCUGUAUUGCAAGGCAGCAGCAGCAGUACUCCCACUAAAUUGACUCUGACUGCAACUCCAGGGAAUCCAUCAGGCAGCACAUCAACAGCCAGUCCUACAGUAACACCAGGAAAUCCCAGCUCCGCUCCAACCACUGUAUACCCUACCGUAUUUCUUGGAAAUGCUAACGCCGUCGCAACAAUGGAGUAUCCAUCAGCAGACAGCCCCUCAAUACAUCCAACUAUAGUAAUGACAGGAAAUCCCAACUCUGCUCCAAUCAGUUGGAGCCCUACAGUCUCGCCUGGCAACCCCAGCACCAUUCCGACUUCGUUGUCUCCCACUGUUACCCCAGGCAGUCUACUACCAGGAAGCCCAUCAACAGCUGCACCAACAGUAACAGCUGGCAACCCCAGCUCUGUUUCAACCAAUUUGAAUCCAACGAUAUUUCCUGGCAGCCCCAGUAGCAGCCCAACAACUAAAUCUCCAGCAGUGACCCUAGACAGCCCAUCAGUCCCACAACAAACAGUACUGCCAAUGGUGACACCAGGAACUCCUAGCUCUACUUCAACCAGUGAGAGGCCUACGGUGUCACCAGGAAGCUCUAGCACUACUCCAACAAUAGGGGCUAGCCAGGCAACAAUGACCCCAUCCAAUGAACUCAGCCAAACUGUUGAACCCACUGCCUUACCAACUGAUGAACCCACCCUCACACCAACCCUCACACCAACUGAUGAACCCACCCUCAUGCCAACUGAUGAACCCACUCGAUCUUCAACCGAUGUACCCACUCGAUCUCCAACCGAUGAACCCACUCGAUCUCCAACCAAUGUACCCACCCUAUCACCAACUGAUGAACCCACCAGAUCUCCAACCGAUGUACCCACUGUAUUGAUUGAGUCAUCCACUACACCCACUGUCACUCCCGGUUCCCCAAGUCUCAGCCCAACAACUGCUAGUCCCACCAGUGGAACCCCUAAAGUGACGCCAGGAAGUCCCUCAAUGGCACCAACCACUAUCAAUCCCCUGGUAUCUACACCCACUGUCACUCCGAGCAUUCUUCCAAGCACCACUACCAGUCUUGGUGAAAGCAUGCAUCCAAGCUCUCUUCCAAGCAGCCAACUCACUAUAUCCGAUUUCCCAAGUGUGGUUUCAAGCACUAACCCAAGUGUUAGUGACAGCACAAUGCCAACUUCCCUACCUAGCACAUCAACUGUACCCAGCUCAUUGCCCAGUGUGACACCCAGUAUAUCGCCAUCUGUAUGUGACUCUUCUUUAGUUUCGGUGGAAUCUUCUUACACUAUUGGUUUCACUGGGGACAUCACCACUUUGAGCGAUUCAGCAUUGACUGUAGCCUUCGCUACAGCAUUAGGUGCAAUGCAUGAGGGCAGCACCUGCUCACCUACACUAGUGAACAUUGUUGUAUCAAGCAGGCCAGGAGCCACUGCUGCCAGUGUCAGAGCACAGGGUGACCAGCUUUGGGGUGGCAGAAACCUUCAGGCUUCAUUUGUUGGGUUCACGAUGAUGACAAGCCAAGCUCCAGGGAGCAACCUCAUUGAUGUUAGCCAAGAAUCCAUCUUCCUGCAACAAUACUCAAUUGCCCUUGACACACCUGGAGUUGAAGCCACAUCCAUGGUAUCCUCCGUUAGCCAUCCUGUCAUGCCGUCAAGCAACCCCUCCAUGAGACCUUCACAGCAAGCCUCAAAUAUGCCCUCGUUCAUGCCAUCAACCAUGCCAUCAGUGCCACCCUCCAGCAUUCCUUCCAGCCAACCGACAUCUACCCCAUCAGAAGCACCCAAUGUGACACCAGGAAACCCCACGAUCAGUCCAACCAGUGCAUAUCCAUCCACCACACCCUCUGAAAGCCCUUCAGGGAUCCCCUCCACGUGGCCCUCCGCAAUGCCCUCUCUCAUGCCAUCAACCUCACCAUCAUUCUUUCCAAGCAGUUCACCAUCACACAAACCCUCUGGCAGUCCUACUUCCAUACCCACCGGAACACCUACAGUAGCCCCUUCAGUCCCACCUACUGUGACUCCAGGUUCUCCCACUGUCAACCCUACAACUGCAACCCCAACCACUCAACCAUCGGGAAGCCCAUCAACAGCUCCUUCAGAAGGUCCCUCUUUAUUGCCAUCAAUUAAUCCAUCCACAUUACCAAGUAUCACAUCAUCAGUCAGCCCCAGCUUGAGUCCCUCUGAUGGCCCCUCGAGAGACCCAUCAUCUACCCCUUCCUCACCACCUUCCAUCACCACAGGGAAUCCCACUGCGAAUCCAACACUUUCUAUGGUUCCUUCACAAAGCCCAUCUGAGAUCCCAAGUCAAAGCAAUGCACCAAGCAACAGCCCAUCCUCACCGCCUUCGACUGUUCCUUCUUCAAUGCCUUCUUCGGACCCCUCAAGAAGCCCAACAUCGCGCCCUUCUUCACUACCCACUGUAACCCCCGGAAAUCCCACCACAAGUCCGACAACAUCAAGUAGCCCAUCAAACGGGCCAUCUUGGAGCCCUAGCCAAAGUAGUGUACCAAGCCUGAGUCCAUCAUCACCGCCUUCAGUCAGCCCUUCGAUUGAUCCAUCAAGUGUGCCAUCAAGCACCCCGAGCAUCCACCCUUCAAGCCUCCCCUCCAUCAAUCCAUCGAUUGCGCCAUCCAUAGAUCCCAGCUUAGGCCCCUCUGACGCCCCUUCCAUGACACCAAGCAUCAGUCCUUCUGAUAUUCCAUCUACCACCCCCAGCAGCAGUCCAUCUGAUCUGCCAUCCAUGAGCCCCAGCACAAGUCCAUCUUGGAUACCUUCAACAAGCCCAUCAGAUUUUCCAUCCAAGCUCCCUAGCAUCAAUCCAUCAGAUGCUCCAUCACACAGUCCAAGCACCAGCCCAUCUGCAUUUCCUUCACUCAGCCCAUCAGAUGCACCAUCAAAACUCCCUAGCAACAGUCCAUCAGAUGUACCAUCACGCAGUCCAAGCAGCAGUCCAUCUGCCUUGCCUUCACUGAGCCCAUCAGAUAGCCCAUCCGUGCUUCCAAGCACCAGUCCUUCAGACUCCCCCUCGUCAACCCCAAGUGUGGCACCAUCAGAUGUGCCUUCGCUCAGUCCAUCAGGCAGACCAUCAAUGGUUCCGAGCAUCAGCCCUUCAGUCAUCCCAUCUUCAAUCCCCAGUCUCAGUCCGUCUGACCUACCUUCGACAAACCCAAGCUCUAGUCCUUCUGGAGUCCCUUCUGUGUCGCCAUCAACAAGGCCAUCACAAAUACCAUCUGUUAGCCCAUCAGGUAGACCUUCCUUGAGCCCUAGUAUCAGUCCUUCAGACAUUCCAUCCUUGACUCCUAGCAUCAGUCCAUCGGAUGUGCCUUCCACAAGCCCAAGCAACAGCCCUUCUAAUCUGCCCUCUAUGUCGCCAUCAUCCAGACCAUCAACCAGCCCAUCUGAAUCGCCUACAAGUCAUCCUACUGUUUCCAACUUUCCUGGAUGUUCGACAGGCUUUUUCUCGGGGUUUUGUUGCCUCAAAUACCAAACUCCAUCUAACUUUGGUCAGAUAGGUGCCCACAAUCAAUAUGCUUCCAUUACAGAUUGCUACAAUGCCUGUGUGAGCCUUUAUGACACACCCUCAUGUGCCCGCAUCCACUGGCGGACUGGCUUGGAGUACACAGGCAGUAGUUAUCGAAUCCAGGCUUGCUACAUUAUGCAUUCUGCAAGUUAUUCAUAUUACAGCAAUCCAGCUAAUGACCUUGCAGAGCCACAUUAUGUUUGCAACAAAAUUUGA